AUGGGUGACGCUUCGACCCCCCGUCCAUCAUGUGUCCCGUUGACCUGCCACGGUCACUCGCGCCCAGUUCCCCAUAUCAGCUUCUCUCCGUUGGAAAAUCAGGACAUUUACUACAUGAUUUCUGCCUGCAAGGAUGGUAACCCCAUGCUUCGUGAUGGACAGACCGGCGACUGGAUAGGUACCUUCCUUGGCCACAAGGGUGCGGUAUGGCAAGGUAGACUCAGCCCAGAUGCCACCACUGCCGCAACUGCCUCUGCAGACUUUACCGCCAAGGUCUGGGAUACACAUACCGGCGAGCUGCUGUAUGUUCUUCAGCAUGAUCAUAUCGUCCGCGCCGUUGCCUACCCCUUCGACCAGUCCAGGAUGCUUGCCACCGGAGGCUUCGAGAAGAAGCUCCGCAUCUUUGACUUGCAGGAGCAGCCACCAACGUCCGAGGGCGCCGCUAGCCCGGUUACUAUCCCGACUUCCCAAGCGUUUGAAAUCGGCGAAGGUGUGCAUACACAGCCCAUCAAGUUUAUUGUCUGGGCCAAGGACCCCAGCGUGCUGAUUACGGCCUCGGGAGACACGCUUCGAUGGUUUGAUUUGCCUACCAGGCAGUGCACACGUGCCAUCAAACUCGAAGCCGAGAUCAAGUCUUGCGAACUUGUCUCUCUUGCGCCAUCGCACAGCUCCCCCACUGAUAUUGGCGGUGGUCAGCCCGUGCUUGCGGUUGCUGCUGGCAAGACCGCCUGCUUUUGGGGCGGGCUGAAGGCACAAGAUGAGCUCAAGCAGUUCAAGCUGUCCCAUGGCAUUGCUAGUGUGGGCCUGGAUCUUAAAGGCAGGAAGUUUGUGGUGGGAGAAGAACCUGGAACCUGGGCGCAUGUUUACAGCUGGGAGGAUGGCAAGGAGCUGGAUGUCCACAAGGGUCACCACGGUCCCAUCUGGUCCAUUGCUUUCUCUCCAGAUGGAAACCUGUAUGCCACAGGGUCCGAGGAUGGAACCAUCAAAAUGUGGAAGAACUGCGAGGGGUUCUAUGGUCUUUGGAGAGGAGGGGCGCCGGGUAGUAGUGCCGAUUAG